GUGGCAAGGGAGACAACUCCCAAAUCAGUCGAGAAAAACGAAAGUAAAAGUACUUUUCGCCAAGGACUUGGAAGGAACCGGAUAAGUUUAGUAUUCAAGACAAAUAUAGACUUUACCAGAGAAGAUGAAAGAUUCGAAUCUACAGAAGCGUACAACACUGAUAGCCGAGCUGUUAGAAAAAGUUGGAAAGGACUACAAAUGUCCACCUGUCAAUAUCGUUUUGGUUGGACCACCUGGUUGUGGAAAAUCGUCCUUCAUCAAUUCCUUCGCAGCCUCCAUUGCAAAUAAAUGUUGGCAGGAAUUUGCUUACAGCGGAAGGCUCGGAACAGGGGGUACUAGUCAGACUACCGUCCGAGUUCAAAGUAUUGUGGCAGCCGACUAUGGAACAGCACCUAAUGUAAAGGGCUACUCCCUGCCAACACUGAUAGAUCUUACUGGAUUUGAAAAUAUGGACGAAGAACUUACAGCCGAAAUUCUUCGGCUGAUAUUUUACGGCAAAUUGAAGAAUGCCACAAACAUACAUUCGGUUUUCUCGUUUGGAAACCGAUACGGUGUCAAUGCUCUAAGAUGUCGGUACGCCAUGUUUUAUCCGGAGAUCCAUUUCAAGGUUGAUCGUGUGGUGUUCCUAGCCUCGGCAACUGGGGAGGUGGUUCCGGAAAGGCUCAUUGGCUGUGUAAUGAAGGCCGCUCGACCCCAAAACGAUAUCUACAAAAGAG